AUGGACCAUCGGGACGCACAACUAUACAGUAUUAACGUCCGGAUGGGAAAUUGGGUGGAAGAAACUUGUUUGCGAUCCGAAAAAAUCAAAUCGUUCCUGGCGAAACGAAACCGAGGAGAAUUGCUCGUACAGAAGUCUCAGAGAAUGUACGCAAGCCUUUUGCGGCCGGUGGUCUUGGACUCUACCUACGAGUUCCUGAGGUACGGUGAAAACGUACAGCUCUUGUGCCCGGAUAUCCGUUUCCCUGGCUGGCGCGAAGGUACCGGUGGCGUGGCCCUAUCGUGUUCGACCAGUGACCAUCACUCGGAACUGGACGGGCUGGGACCUGGCUGUACAAUGACCGCUUCUCCGUUGACCGAGAGCUGUGUGCGAAACUGCUUCAAGAUUUGCGAACCUUUUUACUAUGGUGGUCACACUUUGUUUUUAAUGCCACUGUUCGUCGCUGCCGUCAUGCCUCGUCUGUACGCCGAUCGAGGAGUGUCCGGUCACCCAGCGUUGAAACUCGUCGAUGCGCAGGACCCGUAUUGCCGGUGGACGGUCGUCUACUGGCGUAAGGCGAUGCGAGAGGAAGCCAAAGGACUUCCGGUUCCGAUCGGAGUCAGAGUGGUCCUAAAACACAACGCCACAAAUCUAAACGCUGCGGUGGAGACGGACUUCCGGAUUGCGACGUUCUUCGGCGACGUAAGUAUAUAA